UGGAACACCAGUGCAGUACUGCCUGUUACUGAAAACUAAUUUCGGAACACAUCCAUAGUGGCACAGCUGCAGCAAUCUUCAAUGAUAGUUUACUAAUUAUUUCAUGAUAAACAGUAAAUAUAAAUCGGUUAUCACCCAAUUCUACAAUGGAUGCCCGCAGACGAGAUCGAGAACAAAUUGGAUUAUGUGGAGUGGACAGAGUUUGGGGGAAAUCUCCUACACGUAUAGAAGAUUCGGAUGAUGAGGAUGAAGUCACACAUAAACAGAAAGAUGAUAUCUUACCGAAAGAUAAAAAAAGGAAAAAGAAAGAGAAAAAGAAGAAGAGUAAGAAGUUAAAAAAAGAAAAGAAGGAAAAAAAGGAUAAAAAGAAACGAAAGAAAAGGAAGAAAAAACAUUCCGAAAGUAGUUCUGAUGAAAAUUUGAGCAAUGAAGAGUUGGAAUGGGUUGAAAAAUCUGCAGUAACAGAAAAUAAGAAAAGUAAAAGAGGGUCUAGCUCUGAUGAGAGUGGUGACGAAGGAAUAGUUGGACCUGUACAGAAACAACAUGUAACAUUAUCAGCAAAAGAUUUUGGAAAAGCAUUGUUACCAGGAGAAGGUGCCGCCAUGGCUGCAUAUGUAGCUGAAGGGAAACGAAUUCCUCGCAGAGGAGAAAUUGGUCUUACAUCAGAUGAAAUUGCAUCUUAUGAAUCGGUUGGAUAUGUUAUGAGUGGAAGCAGGCAUCGACGUAUGGAGGCUGUCCGUAUUCGUAAAGAGAACCAGAUCUAUUCGGCGGAUGAGAAACGGGCAUUGGCCAUGUUUAGCAAAGAAGAAAGACAAAAGAGAGAGAAUCUUAUUUUAGGUCAAUUUCGGGAAAUGGUUAAUCAAAAGUUGGCCCAGGAACAGAAAAAGAAUUAAAUUAUUUAAAUUGUGUCAGAACGUUUUCUUAAUGAUUUUCAUAAUAUAGACUGAUUAUGUAAGAUACUAUAUUGUAAAAUAAAAUCUUAAAUAGUAUUUUAAAAGAAAAUUGUUAUGCAAGUGGGAUUCGUAAAUAAUUUUUAUUCACACUAAGGCUGUACUUAUAAACUCUAAAUAAUCAUUCAAAUUAUUAAUGGCAGGGGAUGUACAAAGAAAAUUCUGUUUACAUACAUAUAUGAAAUACUAAUCUAUAUUUCUCUGUAUAACAAGACUAAUCAAAUAAAAAAUAUGCCAAGAA